GUUUUCUUUGCUCCGGCCCCUCCUCCCGCCCUCCCCGCGGAGAGCCGAGCGGCAGCCUAAGAGCCUCUCGCAAGUCUCUCUCACACUUCCCCGCCGUCGCCCCAAAGGAGCAGCCGCUCCUCCUCGCUUCUCCGCUGCCGCCGCGGCGCCCGCAGACCUCCCCUCACGCACCUCGCUCCCCCGAUGGAGCCCGGGCGCCGCCGCAGCCGCCCCUAGCCCUGAACCCUGCCGCCCGGGCCGGAGGAACGCACCGCCCGGCCCGAGGGCGCAUCAGGCGCACGCCGAGGCCCCGGGGCCGCGGGAGGUGCAGGGCGCGGGAUUCAGGAAGGAGAAACUGCUGCUCUCCAGGGUCACUUGGCUGGCAGCGGGGGGACCAUGGCUUUGAAGGACACAAGCGGUGGCGGCAGCACCAUCCUGCCCAUUAGCGAGAUGGUCUCCUCGUCCAGCUCACCCGGCGCGUCGGCAGCCGCCGCCCCGGGGCCCUGCGCGCCUUCGCCCUUCCCCGAGGUGGUGGAGCUUAACGUGGGGGGCCAGGUCUAUGUGACCAAGCACUCGACGCUGCUCAGCGUCCCGGACAGCACUCUGGCCAGUAUGUUCUCGCCUUCCAGCCCCCGGGGCGGCGCCCGACGCCGGGGCGAGCUGCCCCGGGACAGCCGGGCGCGCUUCUUCAUCGACCGGGACGGCUUCCUCUUCAGGUACGUGCUGGAUUAUCUGCGGGACAAGCAGCUCGCGCUGCCCGAGCACUUCCCAGAGAAGGAGCGUCUCCUGCGCGAGGCCGAGUACUUCCAGCUCACUGACCUGGUCAAGCUGCUGUCUCCCAAGGUCACCAAGCAGAACUCGCUCAACGACGAGGGCUGCCAGAGCGACCUGGAGGACAACGUCUCCCAGGGCAGCAGCGACGCCCUGCUGCUGCGCGGGGCGGCGGCUGCCGCGCCUUCGGGCCCGGGAGCGCACGGUGGCGGCGGCGGCGGCGGCGGCGCGCAGGACAAGCGCUCGGGCUUCCUCACGCUCGGCUACCGCGGCUCCUACACCACGGUGCGCGACAACCAGGCGGACGCCAAGUUCCGGCGUGUGGCGCGCAUCAUGGUGUGCGGACGCAUCGCACUGGCCAAGGAGGUCUUCGGGGACACGCUCAACGAGAGCCGCGACCCUGACAGGCCGCCUGAGAAGUACACGUCCCGCUUCUACCUCAAGUUCACCUACCUGGAGCAGGCGUUCGAUCGCCUGUCCGAGGCCGGCUUCCACAUGGUGGCGUGUAACUCCUCAGGCACCGCCGCCUUCGUCAACCAGUACCGCGACGACAAGAUCUGGAGCAGCUACACCGAGUACAUCUUCUUCCGACCACCGCAGAAAAUAGUAUCACCUAAACAAGAGCAUGAAGAUAGGAAACACGACAAAGUCACAGAUAAAGGAAGUGAGAGCGGGACUUCCUGUAAUGAGCUCUCCACUUCCAGCUGUGACAGCCACUCGGAGGCAAGCACACCCCAGGAUAACCCACCCAGUGCCCAGCAGGCGACAUCUCACCAACCUAACACCUUAACAUUGGAUCGUCCUUCCAAAAAAGCUCCUGUGCAAUGGAUGCCCCCACCAGACAAACGCAGAAACAGUGAACUCUUUCAGACACUCAUCAGCAAGUCCCGGGAAACAAAUCUUUCCAAAAAGAAAGUCUGUGAGAAGCUAAGUGUGGAAGAAGAAAUGAAAAAAUGUAUUCAGGAUUUUAAAAAAAUCCACAUUCCAGAUUAUUUUCCAGAGCGCAAGCGCCAGUGGCAGUCUGAACUGUUGCAGAAGUAUGGGUUAUAGUAAUUAUCACAUUCCUGCCGUAUUUCAAUGACGUUCAAUGUUUACUACGGUGUUAUACCACCUGGCUGUGUACUAACAAUGGUCAGUGUGAUUCUUGCUGCUCUUCCUUUUUGUGAACAGUGGAUGUGGGACAGUAUUUUCUUUCAUUCUUUUUGUUGUUGUUGUUUUUUGGAAAUAUGAUUUUAAAAAAGCAAACUCAUAGAUGUUGAAUAAAAUGGUGUAUCUGAUUCAAACCAUUUUGCAAGAAUGAAAGUAAACUGUGCAUGAUCAAGAAGCUUAGAAUCUUGAUUUUUGAACUGUGGUCAACCGGAUAUGUUUGUCAUUUUGUAACUCACCAAAAGCGAUUUAUCCUGUCACUCCAAAUAUAGUGACAACAUGAUUGAAGCAACAUCAAGUAAAAUGUUAGAUGAUGGUUUUGAGAUUCAAAUCCAAAACUGUUUAAAUGUUAAUGCAAUAAAACAAGUAUUAUUUUUGCAUGAGCACAACAUUACAAAUAAAUCACAAGCAUAGGGAAGUUCCGUUUGUUGCUUAGAAAGAAAAAAAUUACAAAAAAAAAAAGCAAAAAAAAUGGUUCAGGCUAAGCCUAUAAAUGUAAGCUAUCUAGGAGACUGAAUUUUAUUUGUUCUGGAUCUGUGAUUUUUUUGUGUCUGUGUAUGGUGUUCUGUAUGUUAAGAUGGUGUAAAUAUGCCUUAUAAUCUUUCUUGUGUUAUGGCACUGACUUCAUCUAUUAAUGCUAGUCAUGAUUAUUUCCGUGAAAUAAGUCCUUACAUCAGGCUGUGAAUAUUGGUAUAAUGAUGCUCUGAAAGAUCUUACUAUCAUGCUAAUCAAAAUAAUUGAGGGAAAUGGUAAAGAGCUUUAUGUAUUUAUUAAAAAAAGGAAAAUAUGCUAGAAUC